AUGAGUCUGCCCUGCACCCUGGAGAGCCUCACGUUAGGAAGCAGCUUCAGCCAAAGCUUGUCGGGAGUGAACCUACCCAUCACCCUGCAGAGCCUGACGUGUGGCGAUGGCUUCAAGCAAAGUUUUCAGGGAGUGUCUUUGCCCAACACCCUGCAGAGCCUGACAUUUAGCUACAGUUUUGACCAAAGCUUGGAAGACGUAUGCUUUCCCAGCGGCUUGCUAAGCCUAACCUUUGGCAAGAACUUCAACCAAAGCUUCCACGGAGUGAGUUUGCCAAAGACCCUGCAGAGCCUUACUUUUGGUCACAGCUUCGACCAGAGUUUGCAGGGAGUGGCUCUGCCCGACACCCUGCAAAGCCUGACCUUUGACUACAGCUUCAAUCAAAGCCUGGAGGGAGUGAAUCUGCCCAGCAGCCUGCAAAGCCUGACGUUCGGCAAGUGCUUCGACCAGAGCUUAGAGGACGUGAAUCUACCUGGCAACUUGCAAAGCAUGAGCUUUGGCAGGAGCUUCAGCCGCAGCCUGGAGGGCGUGAGGUUCCCCGACAGCUUGCGGAGCCUGAAGCUGGGUGAAGCUUUCAACCGCCCCAUGCAGGGAGUGAAUCUGCCCGGAUUGCAGAGACUCACUUUCGGCGGUCACUUCAACCAAAGUCUAGUGGAAGUGCCUUGGCCCAACCUGCAAAGCUUGACGUUUGGCCGUGCUUUCAACACAAGCUUACAGGACGUCAGUCUACCCGGCGACUUGCGAAGCCUGGAAUUUGGAGACGAGUUUAAUCACAGCUUGCAAGGAGUAACUUUGCCCUGCUCCCUGCAGAGCUUGAUCUUCGGAAAGAAGUUCAACCAAAGCUUACAAGACGUGUGUCUGCCCGAUACCCUGCAGAACCUGACGUUUGGCUCGGGGUUUAACCAAGCCUUGCAGGGAGUGAGCGUGCCCAGUAGCUUGCGCAGUGUGGAAGGCUCGGGUAUCAAGAUUGGCCGCUGA